AUGUCAUCUCAGGCAUCUAAGGGUACAGUACUCAUCAUCGACGGAGGAUGUGAGUUUGAAAUGUCAAAGGGAAACUUAAACCACUACUUGGCAGAAGUUGCUAAGAAUCAGCUCGAAUCAUUUGGAUGGAAUGUUAUCACUACAGCAGUUGACAAAGGAUAUGAUAUCAAAGAAGAAGUUGAUAAAAUUGUUAAGUGCGACGUUGCCAUUCUUCAAGUCCCAGGUUGGUGGAUGGGUCUUCCAUGGAAAGUAAAGCAAUACAUUGAUACAGUUUUCCAAUCAGGUCGCGGCGUCCUUUUCAAUAGUGACGGUCGCACUCGUAAGGAUCCAUCCAAGAAGUAUGGCACAGGUGGAUGCUUAUCAGGAAAGCGUUUCAUGGUCUCAUCAACAUGGAAUGCACCAGAGAUUGCAUUCACAGAAGAAGGCCAGUUCUACGCAGACCUCGGCAAGAAGAAACACUGGGCAACAGUCGAGAAAGCAUUUAGAUUCAUUGGUUUCGACGUCCUCGAAGGAAUGUACUUCUUCGAUGUCCACAAAGAUCCACAUGUUGAACAGGAAGUUGAACAAUACAAACAACUUCUUGAAAAAUACUUCAAAUGA